UGCGCGUGAUGCGAUUCAAGCGUCAUCUUCGCAUGUGGAAUUCGUUCGUAUGACAACGCGCUCGCCAAGCGAUUCAAAUUCCACCGAGCACAAAGAGAUCAGCAGGGAUCAAGUGAUCAACGACGGUUCACGGUAACCGUUAUUAUAAGGCGUCGCAGGAGCUCGACUCUCGCAAACGAGCCGAAAAUCAUCGGGAAAUGGCGGAGGACGAGGAAUCGCACAGUUCGAACAAUGCGCGGCUGUUCCGAAUUGCCGUCUCCAACAGCCUGCAGAACAUAGCCGAAUCCGUGAGUGAGAACGAGUUCCUCGAGAUACUCACGAUUCUCAAAUCGAAUCCCAAAGUCGCUCGGAAGCUGCACAAAGCCAUGGUAAAGGAACUGUACAACAGCAUGAACAAUGAUCUGGAGGAUAUAAUGAAGGAAGGCAGUUUGCAGGAAACUUUAAUCAAAAUAGCCAAACUAUCCGAGGAAAGCGCGACACUCUCCAACGAAGAACACGCGUGGCGUCCACCUGGGGAUGUAAUCUCGCAUUUGAGAUCGCUGGACGCGCACAGGAUCAAAGAGGCGACUGAGGAACUGGAGAAACGGGUGAACGAGAUGGAAAGGGAGAACGAAGCCCUAAUGAGGACAAUCGCGGAAAGUAGAACGAGGAUACGUGCUACGAACGACAACGUGAUGAGAAUUCUGGAUCGUGCACCAGUGAUACUGCAACGGUUAGAGAAGACAUGCGAACAGCUGACAACCUGUAUUAAAAUGAUUGAAAACGAAUAAUUCCGAGAUGGAUUUUGGAGGUGCGUUGUACAUAAUGUAUAUAAUGUGUAUUUUUAUUAAAAAUAUUUUUAAUUGAA